AUGUUUACUCAUCAUUCUCUUGUUUCAAUUCUUGAUUUGGGCCUAAUCGAUGCUUGUAUUCAAUUGAAUGCUCAACUUCCUCGUAUGACUGUUCAGGAACUUCAUGUUGAAUUACCCUAUGUUAUUCGUCGUAUAUUUGGUUUUGGUCGUUUUGAUUGGUCAUUACGUGAUAUUGGUAAUGAUCGUAGUCAUUUAUUUUCAUUGAUACAAGAUUUUUUUUCACCAUGGCAUGGUGAAUUAUGGAAAGCAUUACUUCGUUUACAAGAUCAUACACCACAAUUCACAUUUCAAUUUAGUAUAACUGAUUUACCAAUACAUUUACGUGCUAAACUUGCAUCAUUAUGUUUACCGGAUAUUGUUCGUGGACGAACAACAACAACUGGACAACAUUUAACAUCAUUAGCACUUGAUCCAAUUGAAUAUUUUCUAUUUCAUCUACUUUCUUAUGUUGUUUCAGAUCAACAAACACCGGAUCGACCAAUGCGAAGUGAUUCAGUGUAUUUAAAUAUUCUUGAAAUGUAUUUAUGUCUGUUUCUUCCAAUUGAUGCUAGUGAAUUUCGUUUACUUCUAAUGCCAACAAGUAAUGCUACAGCUUCAAAUAUUCUUACAACUUCACAUGUACUUGAUUCACGAUUGUUACCACCUGUACCUAUUGAAACAACACCGAAAAAAAGUCCUGUCCGACAAUCGUAUUUAUUUGGAAGUAAUGUAAAACAACGAGGAGAUGGAGAAGAAAGCCGUAUAAAUAUAAGUACAUCAUCAGUAAUUUCAUCACCAUCACCUCCUGUUUUAUCAACAACAACAGCCGAUACUAAUGAAUUAAUGAAAAAAAUUGAUUAUUUUAUCAAAUGCUUUGUAGCAUUUCUAGUUGAUGUAUUUCAACCAUCGAAAUCCGUUUUUGGUACAAAUAGUGGUUCAAUUCUUGUUCAAGAAUUUAAUUUAUCCGAUGUUCAUUUACUUUGUAUUCGUAUGUUUAUUAAACGUCUUCAUUUGUUUUGUUCAUAUCAAAUUCGUGUUGGUGGUAAUAAUGCGUCUCUUGCUAAUACAGGCAUGACACUACUCGAACAACGUAAUCUUCUUGUACCUUUACAAACACUUAAACGAACAUGUAUUGAUACAUAUGUCCGUCAAUCUCUUUAUACUCUUCUCCAAAUUGGUAUUGUUCGAUGUCCACUUGAUCAACGUUAUAAUACACUUCUAUUUAUUUGGUAUACAUAUAUACGUCCUUGGCGAUUCAGUCCCGAAAUCGUAUUAAAUGAUCAUAAUGCAAUAAAUUUACUUGAUACAACAACAAUUGAUCAAGAUAUAUUACGACAAGAUCAAUCAAUUAUUAAUACAGAAACAAUAAAUUUUGUUGAACAUAAUCUUCCGUUUUAUGGUCGUCUUUUUCAAUUUGCUAUUGAUCGUUUACAAAAAACUGAUUUAACCAAUGCACUUAUCGCACAACUUAUCAAUAAAUUAGCUAAUGUAUUUUCAGCAAAAAAUUUUUCCGCAUUAGUUCUUAAAGCUGAACAAGUAGCAGUGUAUUCAUUGUCGACAUCAUAUUCACCUAGUAAACAACGUAUUUCUCCUCCGUCAUCACCUGGUGGUCCACGUUCUGCUUAUUCUAUAUUAUGUGAUGAAACUCGUACAUUAAUGUUAGCUUUCCUACGUAAAAUUUCAAGUGUUCUACAACGUAAUGAACGUCGUAUUGAAGAACGAAAUAGUUUAUCUCAAAAAGAGAAACAAAAAACUUUACAAGCUGCACAAAUGGUAUCAACAAAUAUUUAUGAAUCAUCGAAAAGAUUUUUACUUAGAUUUCUAUCUAUAAAACCUCAACCAUCAACAAUAGAAGUUCUUCAAUUAAAACCACUUUUAUCAGUAGAAAUUGUUGAACAAUUAAAAAAUACAAAAAAUAAAUUUUGUGAACUUUUUCAAAUCGAUACAAAUUCAUUUGAUACAACAACUAAUGAUGAUGAACCGUCUUUAGCCCAUUCAUUAGAUACAUCAUUUCAAGCAAAUAAAUCCUUGUCGACAUCGCUCACAGGAUCAACAUUAAACUCUUCCUAUAUUCCUUAUGAAUUUGAAAAUCCAAUUUUAUCUCCACCAAGUCCAUUCGAACUUCGACCAUUACUUUGGUUUAAUCGUCAACUUUCAGAAAAUAUCAAUCUAAGAUAUGCCGAUCAAAUCAGUUCAUUAUAUAAUCGUCAAGAUUUUAUUGGUUCAUUCUUUCGUCAAUUAUUCUAUGGUCCAAAUGAUCCACGAUUGCAAUCAAUAAAUACACCACAAAUAAAUUUCCGACAUUUUACUGAUAUACGUACUUUAUGUUUACUUACAUUGAUCUAUUUAUUCUUUCGAUUCACUAUUGGUGGAGCUAAUUUACUAUUGAAUCUUUUACUAUUAACAAUGAUUAUUUUCCUAUGGAAUCUCUUCCGAACUAUACAAACAUAUAGACAAUCGUUAGUGGUCUUUGAACUAUCAAGAUCAAGUUCAUCAAGCACUACUUAUCCAUGGAUAAAAAAAGUUCAUGUUGUUUCCAUGACACAUUUAGAUGUUGGUUUUACAAAUUUUGCAUCAAUCGUUUGUUCUCUUUAUUUCAAUAACUAUUUACCUAAUACAGCACGUCUUGCACAAGAACUUCAUGAUCGUGGCGGUGAAGAACGUUUUAUUUUUACUACACAUCCAUGGAUACUUUUAGAUUUUUUUGAUAAUAUUGCACAAUGUACAAAUGAACAACCGAAUUGUACAACAAUUGAAUUAGUUACAAAUGCUAUUAAACAAGGUGAUAUAACAUGGCAUGCACACGCAUUUUCAAUGUUUAUUCCAAUGAUGGAUAAAAGUUUAUUUAAUGUCAUUAAUGCAUCACAUGAAGAUGAUAUGGGUCACCCGAUAAGUAGUAUGCCUAUCUUUGCUGAAAAUGGUAUCAAAUCAAUUCAUAUUGGUGUUAAUCUUAAUUGUCGUGGAGCUGAUUUACCGCCUGAGGGUACUAUUGUUUUUCUUCAAGAUGAUCUGGGCAGAAAUUUAUCAACUAUAAAUAAUACCUUAGGUAAUAUUCAAUAUAAAACAUAUUCAAAUAAUGAUUUUAAUCGUUUUAAUUUACAAUUCAAUCCAAAUUGUGGGCCACCAUACGGUGAUUUUGCUAAACCAGGUUUAACAAAUUCUGAAAGUCAAACAUUAUUUCCACAUGUUAUUUCACUGUGGACAGAUAAUAUAAAUAAAACAUUUCUUAUUGAAUUAACAUUUCUAGAUGAUAUUAUUGAAAAUUAUGGUGGAAAAUGGUUUAAUAAGAUAGCAACUCGUUUUCCAGAAUCAAUUUGGAUUGAGUUUAAUCCAAUUUUACCUGUUAUUUCAGAUACAUGUAAUGAAUGGAAAAUUGAUGUACUUGGCUAUAAUGUUGAUCCCUCAAAAAUAGUUGAUUAUAGUUCAAGACAAUUACAUGCUAUUGAACAUGGUGGUGUACGUUUUUAUGAUCAAACAAGUGCAAGGCCAUUAUUUACUUUUUAUUCCUUUGAUGUACCAUUACUUUCAAUUGGUUCUUCAGAAUAUCUAUUAAAUUUUGACAAUUCAAUAGCUGAUUGUCAAGGAAUAAAUAAAAAUGGUUUAUUUAUAAAUCUACAUAAUAAUCUUUGA